UAUGUUCUACACAGGAGCGCCUUCUUCAAAGGUCUGACUGGAGAUUUGCCUGAUCUGUCCAUCUUUCAGCUCAUCUGCUAAGAGUGGAGUCUUAAAAAGACCAUACAUUAUUUAUACGACUGAAGGAAAUCUACUCAAAAAUGGUUGAGACUAUUUACAGCAAUGUGAACACUGACAGAACAUGGGAUAUAGACAGAGGCACCAGGGCAAACCAUACACCUCAACACACAGGAAGUGAUUCAGUGCAGAUCAGACGUUUCAGAACAGCUGCAGUGUGUUUGUUGCUGCUGUGUGUUCUUCUGUUGACUGCGGUCAUAGUGCUGUGUGUCCACAUCCAUACAAAGAACACAACCUGCACAGAAGAGACACACAAGCUACUAACCAAGAUUAACAACCUCACAGAACAGAGUGACCUGCUUCUAACCAAGAACAUAAACAUGACAAAUGAAAGGAAUGGAUUGUUAAUCAACAAUGACAUCCUGACUAAAGAAAGAGACCAGUUCAAUCAAGAAAGAAAUAACCUGCAGAAGAUUAUCAAUGAAAGAGAUGGAUGGGUACACCCUACUUUCAGCUUAUACUUCAUGUCGUCAAUGAAGAAGAGCUGGACUGAGAGCAGAAGAGACUGUACAGAAAGAGGAGCAGAUCUGAUAAUUAUUAACAACAGAGAGGAACAAGAUUUUGUUACAAAAAUUACUGAUAAAGGAGAAUUCUGGAUUGGUGUAACUGACGCCAAGGAAGAGGGCAGAUGGAAAUGGGUUGAUGGCACCAGCGUGACGUCUGGGUUCUGGGCAUCCAGUGGACAUAUAACAGAGCCAAAUGGAGGAAGACGAGAGAAUUGUGCUGUGACUUAUUUAAAAAAGAACCCUGAAUUAAUAGGGUGGCUCGAUGUUGAUUGCAAUAGUGCUUAUCAAUGGAUCUGUGAGACGAGAUCUCAUCCCUAGGAACAGCACACACUUUGUUCACAGGGUUUUAUUUUUUUUUAUUUAGUUUCUUUACAGCUCAAGUCUUCAGGACUUAACACUCCUGAUCUAGAAAUAAUACCUGUUUAGGCCUCUAUGUGUAUUAAUUUUUAGUUGCUAGCAUUGUAUUUUGCUCUAAAACACACACACACACACACAAAAUGUUCAUACUAUUCAACUAUUCCUACAUACAUGGCUUACCAUUAUUUAUAUGGUUACUUUUUUUAAAGAUAAACCCCAGAUUGCUUUACUUUAUUUAUAUAAAGUAUACUCUAUUUAUACUUAGCAUGCUGUUUACACGUUACCCUUAUGUUAUCAUUAAAGAUGACGUAUGGCUCUAUAUCUCUGGUCA